AUGGAAGAACUCCUAAUACCUAAGUCUGGCGAUAGAGAGGUUCUUGUUGACUUGCCAACCAGGACUACUCCUAGAUAUACCCAGACGGUAGUUGGUAAGAAGUCAGAGCUCUCAGCCGACUUGGACGAGUUUCGAGGCAUUCCAUAUGGACAAGUGUCUAAAAGAUGGGAGCAUUCAAGACUUCGUACUCAUCUUCCACAAAAUUCAUUUGAUGCAACCAAGAACGGACCUAUAUCUCCCCGGCCUAGCAACGAUGAAAACACCAAAUAUUUCCAGGCCUAUUUACCUACACCCCAACUUGUUGAGUCUGAGUUCGAUUGCUUAAAUCUUAUAAUCGUACGCCCUAGUACUGAUGCGCUAUCCCGCACCGGAAUGCAAGAGAACGUCAAGUUACCAGUUCUGGUCUGGAUCCACGGUGGCGGGGGCUCUCAAGCAGGAAGCGAUCCGUUUUAUGAUCCUGGCCGCCUAGUUCUUCGAUCUUUGGAAAUCGGUUCUCCUAUUAUUGCAGUGCUACUCAAUUUCCGAAACGGCAUAUUUGGGUUCAUGGGCUCAACCGACAUUCUGAAUGCCCAAGGAAAGAUUGGGCAACAAGGUCUCAACUUCGGCCUUUAUGACCAAAAAGUUGCUCUCACUUGGGUGGCUCUCAACAUUGCGCACUUUGGUGGCGAUCCGAAAAACAUUACACUAGGAGGGCAAUCAUCGGGAUCAUUCGCCGUGCAUGUACACCUUCUUGACAACGAUUCGCCAUUGAAAGAUCCACUCUUUAAAAGAGCUAUCUUGCAAUCAGGUGCUCAAAUCACCCUAUCGCCGCUGCCUCUCGAGGAUCUCGAACCUUUCUGGGCACAAUUAUGCCAACAUUGGGAUGUAGGGGCUAAGAAUAGUCAGCAAAAAGUGGAAGUGCUUCGACAGAUUCCAACAGCGGCUAUGCUCGAGUUUUUACCUAAUUGCAAAAAUGUCAAGUUAGGCCCUAUUGCCGAUGGAUUAACUAUGACGAUGGACGCUGCAACAUUUCCUGAUGUUGAUACUGGAAUGGGAAAGAAAUCCAGUAGGCACGAGCCCAUCGAGGUUAUGAUUGGAGCAACUGACAUAGAAGUAAGUUUCUCUCAUCUUAUGAAGCACUAUCUAGAACCCCUACUUAACAAGAUCUGA